CUACAUGCGGUAGGCGGCGACGCGACCAAGCAGACAGCGGCCGCGCGCAUUCCUGCGGCUCAGAACGAGGCUGACUUUCUAUCCGGAGCUCACCGCAUACCGCUCCAUUCAUGCUGUGAGAAGCUCAAGACUCGGAACUCGGAGCUUUGGACGAGUAUCGUGACAGCCGUGGAAAUGUCUGCAAGUUUAAGAUUUUAAUCAUGCUGAGGAAAACAAACCCCAAGAUCACAAUUAUCCGGCUGGCGGCCGAGGCGCUGGGGUUGAUGUUAUAGACGACAGAGCAGAGACACAGAGCCCAGAGGACGCCAGGCCAGCGCUACUCCACCGUCCCUCCCUUCCUUUAGCCUGGUGUAGGACAGCCACAGCUUCAGUAGAGGAAAAGGAACGCAGACACACACCCAGAAACCUCUCCUCACCUAGCAGAGCCCAACAUGACCUCCCACCCCACCCCACCCCUGGGAGGCCCUCUUCUUCCCUUCCUCCUCCUGCUGUCGGGGGUGUUCGCCACCACCCCCAGCGACCUCAGGUCCUUCUCCCCUCCAGAGGGGGGGCUCACACACCUGGUGGUCCACAACAAGACAGGUGAGGUGUAUCUGGGAGCCGUCAACUGGAUCUUCAAGCUGUCCAGCAACCUGACCAAGCUGCGCAGCCACGUUACAGGCCCUGUGGUGGACAAUGAGAAGUGUUAUCCCCCUCCUGGGGUCCAGUCCUGCCCCCACGAGCUGACCCAGAUCAGCAACGUCAACAAGCUACUGCUGCUGGACUACGGUCAGAACCGCCUGAUCGCCUGCGGCAGCACCUCCCAGGGGAUCUGCCAGUUCCUCAGGCUGGAUGAUCUGUUCAAGCUGGGCGAGCCCCACCACCGUAAGGAGCACUAUCUGUCCAGCGUGGCCGAGGCUGGCACCAUGUCUGGGGUGGUCAUCGGUGGAGACGCGGCCGGGGGCGGAGGAGAGGCUGGCAAGCUGUUUGUGGGCACGCCCAUCGACGGCAAGUCAGAGUACUUCCCCACGCUCUCCAGCCGCAAGCUGAUGGACAACGAGGAGAACGCCGACAUGUUCAGCUUCGUCUACCAGGAUGAGUUUGUCUCCUCGCAGCUCAAGAUCCCCUCGGACACGCUCUCCAAGUUCCCCGCCUUCGACAUCUACUACAUCUACGGCUUCAGCAGCGAGCAGUUUGUCUACUAUCUGACCCUGCAGCUGGAUACCCAGCUCACCUCACCCGACGCCAGCGGGGAGCAGUUCUUCACCUCUAAGAUCGUCCGUCUCUGCGUGGACGACCCCAAGUUCUACUCCUACGUGGAGUUCCCCAUCGGCUGCACCAAGGACGGGGUGGAGUAUCGUCUGGUGCAGGACGCCUUCCUCAGCCGACCCGGGACCAAGCUGGCGCGCUCACUGGGCAUCUCAGAGCAGGAGGAGGUGCUGUUCACGGUGUUCGCCCAGGGCCAGAAGAACCGGGCCAAGCCCCCCAAGGAGUCAGCCCUGUGCCUGUUCACCCUGCGCCGCAUCAAGGAGAAGAUCAAGGAGCGCAUCCAGUCCUGCUAUAGAGGAGAGGGGAAACUGUCACUGCCCUGGCUGCUCAACAAGGAACUAGCCUGCAUCAACUCACCACUCCAAAUAGACGAUAACUUCUGUGGGCAGGACUUCAACCAGCCCCUGGGGGGGACCAGUACCAUCGAGGGUAUGCCUCUGUUCGUGGACAAGGACGAUGGUAUGACGUCGGUGGCAGCCUAUGAAUACCGCGGCCACACUGUGGCCUUCGCCGGCACACGCAGCGGACGAAUUAAGAAGAUCCUGGUGAACUCUGUCAACCAACCUGCCAUGCUGUAUGAGAACGUGACGGUGAGCGAGGGGAGUCCCAUCCACAGAGACCUGCUCUUCAGCCCAGACCACCAGCACAUCUAUGCCCUCACAGACAAACAGGUGAGCCGUGUUCCAGUGGAGAGCUGUGAGCAGUACUCCUCCUGCAGCGGCUGCCUGGGGUCAGGAGAUCCCCACUGUGGCUGGUGUGUCCUCCACAAUGUGUGUUCCAGGAAGGAUCGUUGUGAGAGGGCUGACGAGCCUCAGCGUUUUGCCUCCCGAGUGGAGCAGUGUGUCAAACUCAGUGUCCAGCCUGGAAACAUCUCUGUCACCAUGUCCGAAGUGCAGCUGGUGCUGCAGGCCCAGAAUGUGCCUAACCUUUCGGCAGGGGUCAACUGCUCCUUUGAGGACUACACUGAGACAGAGGGACGCAUCUUUGGGGGACGCAUUUACUGCCUGUCCCCUUCCACACGAGAGGUCGCCCCCAUCACACGCAACCAGGGGGACAAGCGCACUGUGAAGCUGUAUCUGAAGUCUAAGGAGACAGGAAAGAAGUUUGCCAGUGUAGACUUUGUCUUCUACAACUGCAGUGUGCACCAAUCGUGUCUGUCAUGUGUCAAUGGCUCGUUCCCCUGCCACUGGUGUAAAUACCGCCACAUGUGCACUCAGAACGCCAACGACUGCUCCUUCCAGGAGGGCCGGGUGAACGUGUCAGAGGAGUGUCCCCAGAUCCUGCCAUCCGCCCAGAUCUACAUCCCAGUGGGGGUGAUGAAGCCCAUCACCCUGCUGGCUAAGAACCUGCCUCAGCCCCAGUCUGGACAGAGGAAUUACGAGUGUAUCUUCCACAUCCAGGGAGCCACCUACAGUGUCACCGCCCUGCGCUUCAACAGCACCAGCAUCCAGUGUCAGAGGACCUCGUACGACUAUGAGGGUAAUGAAAUCAGUGACCUGCCUGUGGAUCUCUCUGUGGUGUGGAAUGGCAACCAAGUCAUCGACAACCCCUUCAACAUACAAGCCCACCUGUAUAAGUGUUAUGCGCUGCGGGACAGCUGUGGGAUGUGUCUGAAGGCUGACCCCAGGUUCGAGUGUGGCUGGUGUGUUCAGGAGAAGAAGUGUUCUCUGAGACAGGAGUGUGCCCCACUGGACAGCAGCUGGAUGCACGCCACCGCCGGCAACAGCCGCUGUACACACCCAAAGAUCACCAAGCUGUUUCCGGAGACAGGGCCGAGGCAGGGGGGCACCAGACUGACCAUCACGGGGGAGAACCUGGGCCUACAGUUCAGGGACAUCCAGACAGGAGUGCGUCUGGGCAAGGUGCCCUGUAUCCCCAUCGAAGAGGAGUACAUCAGCUCGGAGAGAAUUGUGUGUUUGCUGAACGACGCCACAGGCUACCGGGUGCAGGAGGCUAACGUGGAGGUGUGUGUGAGGGACUGCCUGGCAGACUACAGGGCCCUCUCACCCCGAGCAUUCACCUUCGUGACUCCCUUCUUCACGCGGGUGCUUCCUGCCCAGGGCCCUCUCUCAGGGGGCACCAGAAUCACCAUCGAGGGCAACCACCUCAACGCCGGCAGCUCUGUGUCUGUCAACAUCGGACGCCACCUCUGCCACUUCAAAAAGAAGAAUUCCCGGGAGAUAGUGUGUGUGACCCCAGCAGGGUUGACCCCAGGCAGCACACCAGUCAUGGUGGACAUCGACUCUGCAGAGCUGAGGAACCCAGAGGUCAAAUACAACUACACUGACGACCCCACCGUCCUGAGGAUCGAACCCGACUGGAGUAUCGCUAGUGGUGGAACCCUGUUGACCAUCAGCGGUACUAACCUAGCCACCAUCAGAGAGCCCAAGAUCAGAGCUAAGUAUGGCUCUGCCGAGUCUUUCCAUAACUGCACAGUGUUUAAUAACUCUGUGAUGGUGUGCCUGGCCCCGUCGGUUUCCGACUCCGAGAGGGGCUUCUCAGACACGGGCAGUGGGCCGGAUGAGAUCGGCUUCUACAUGGACAACGUCCACGCUCUGAUGGUGGUCAACGAGACGUUCAGCUACUACCCCGAUCCCGUGUUCGAACUCCUCAGCCCCACCGGGGUCCUGGAGCUAAAACCCACCUCACCUCUAAUCCUCAAGGGUCGUAACCUUAUCCCUGCGGCCCCUGGUAACUCCAGGUUGAACUACACAGUGUUCAUCGGGGAGACCCCCUGUGUGCUAACCCUCUCUGAAACCCAGCUGCUGUGUGAAUGGCCCAACCUCACCGGACAGCACAAAGUCACGGUCCGGGUGGGUGGGUUCGAGUACUCCCCUGGUACUCUCCAGAUCUACUCAGAUAGCCUGCUGACCCUGCCCGCCAUCAUCGGCAUCGGGGGAGGCGGCGGUCUGUUGCUAUUGGUCAUCAUCGCUGUGCUCAUCGCCUACAAGAGGAAGUCUCGCGAUGCUGACCGCACCCUGAAACGCCUGCAGCUGCAGAUGGACAACCUGGAGUCCAGAGUGGCCCUUGAAUGUAAAGAAGCCUUUGCAGAGCUGCAGACAGACAUCCAUGAGCUGACCCAGGAGCUGGACGGAGCUGGCAUCCCCUUCCUGGAGUACAGGACCUACGCCAUGCGGGUCCUGUUCCCUGGCAUCGAGGACCACCCCGUGCUCAAGGAGAUGGAGGUACGGGUCAAGGAGGUCCAGGCCAACCAGGAGAAGGCCCUGACUCUGUUUGGCCAGCUCCUCACCAAGAAGCACUUCCUGUUGACGUUCAUCCGCACCCUGGAGGCGCAGCGCUCCUUCUCCAUGCGUGACCGUGGCAACGUGGCGUCGCUCAUCAUGACUGCGCUGCAGGGGGAGAUGGAGUACGCCACGGGGGUCCUUAAACAGCUGCUCUCUGACCUCAUCGACAAGAACCUGGAGAGCAAGAACCACCCCAAGCUGCUGCUGCGCCGAACGGAAUCUGUCGCUGAGAAGAUGUUGACCAACUGGUUCACAUUCCUCUUGUACAAGUUCCUAAAGGAGUGUGCGGGUGAGCCUCUCUUCAUGCUGUACUGUGCCAUGAAGCAGCAGAUGGAGAAGGGGCCUAUAGACUCCAUCACAGGAGAGGCGCGCUACUCCCUCAGUGAAGACAAGCUCAUCAGACAGCAGAUUGACUACAAGACCCUGACACUUCACUGUGUGAACCCGGAGAACGAGAACGCCCCCGAGGUGACGGUGAAGGGGCUGAACUGUGACACCAUCACCCAGGUGAAGGAGAAGCUGCUGGAUGCAGUGUACAAGGGCAGCCCCUACUCCCAGAGACCCAAGGCUGGGGACAUGGACCUGGAGUGGCGUCAGGGCAGGAUGGCCAGAAUCAUCCUUCAGGAUGAGGAUGUCACAACAAAGAUCGACAAUGACUGGAAACACCUCAACACACUGGCCCACUAUCAGGUGACAGACGGCUCAGUGAUCGCUCUGGUGCCAAAGCAGAACUCAGCCUACAACAUAUCCAACUCCUCUACCUUCACCAAGUCUCUCAGCAGAUAUGAGAGCAUGUUGCGGACAGCCAGCAGUCCAGACAGUCUGCGCUCCCGCACCCCCAUGAUCACCCCUGACCUGGAGAGUGGCACCAAGCUGUGGCACCUGGUCAAGAACCACGACCACUCUGACCAGCGCGAGGGAGACCGGGGCAGCAAGAUGGUCUCUGAGAUCUAUCUGACCCGUCUGCUCGCCACCAAGGGUACCUUACAGAAGUUUGUGGACGACCUGUUUGAGACCAUCUUCAGCACGGCCCACCGCGGCAGCGCCCUGCCUCUCGCCAUCAAGUACAUGUUUGACUUCCUGGACGAGCAGGCCGACAAACACUCCAUAUCAGACUCAGACGUACGGCACACCUGGAAGAGUAACUGUCUGCCUCUGCGGUUCUGGGUGAACGUGAUCAAGAACCCCCAGUUUGUGUUUGACAUCCAUAAGAACAGCAUUACAGAUGCUUGUCUGUCUGUGGUGGCCCAGACCUUCAUGGACUCUUGCUCCACAUCAGAACACAAGCUGGGAAAAGACUCGCCCUCCAACAAGCUGCUCUACGCCAAGGAUAUCCCCAACUACAAGAACUGGGUGGAGAGGUACUACUCCGACAUCUCCCGUAUGCCGGCCAUCAGUGACCAGGACAUGAGUGCCUACCUGGCUGAACAGUCCCGGCUGCACCUCAGCCAGUUCAACAGCAUGAGUGCCCUGCAUGAGAUCUACUCCUAUAUCAUCAAGUACAAAGAUGAGAUCCUGUCUUCGCUGCAGAAGGAUGAGCAGUCUCGCAGGCAGAGACUGCGCAGUAAGCUGGAGCAGGUCAUCGACACCAUGGCCCUGGCCAGCUGAGGAACGGCCCGCCACUGAGGGGCGGAGAGGGUAGCAGCCAGGCCUUCUCUCACUGACGCCAGCCCCUGACCCCCAACACAGCGCAUUAGGACUGCAAGGACACAAGCAGUACACUGGAGACACACCAGAGUUAGGCCUGGGCUCCGGCCCAUCCAAACAACCCUUCAUUUAUAAACAUGUAACGCCUGUCACCCCGAGAAAGUGUCUUAUCAUAACGGUCUUCAUCACUGGUUUCAGUUUUUCUUCCGUGUUGAUCCAUCUACCCACAGCCUAGACUGUGAAGCAGCUGGCUAAAGAGGGGGGCUAUGGAGAAAGGACUUCAUGUAUAUAGCUCCCCUCUCAAUGGAAGCUUCUGACGUGUCAGCGACUUCAUCAACUUUCAUGGACGUCAUUUUGAUUUUCAGAUCCUUUUUUUUUGUUGUGUGAUUUAGCUUUAGAUUUUGUGUUUUUAUCAACUACCUACUCUCUCCAGUGGUGUGUUUUUAUCAACUACCUACUCUCUCCAGUGGUGUGUUUUUAUCAACUACCUACUCUCUCCAGUGGUGUGUUUUUAUCAACUACCUACUCUCUCCAGUGGUGUGUUUUUAUCAACUACCUACUCUCUCCAGUGGUGUGUUUUUAUCAACUACCUACUCUCUCCAGUGGUGUGCCACUUGUGUUACUGCUGAAUUUGCACAAUUUACAAAAAAAGCUAAAUCAAAAGAAGAGGAUAUAUAAAUAUAUAUAGAUAUAUAAAUACAACUUCAUUUUUAAAGAAACAAAUGAAAAUAGUCAAAGUUUUCCAUUUUAAUGUACAGAAUACUUUGAAAGAAAAGGAUUUGAUAUUUCAAAGACUGAACUAUGAAAACAAGAGGAAACCUUGUCCUGUGCCAUGUUUUAUUUGAAUGUUGUUUAGUGCAAAGACGUUUUCUUUAGAUCAAAUGUGCUAUGAUUAAAAUGUUGUCAUGCCUCGUGACUGAACAGUAAAAAAAAAGAAAAGUUAAAUGACAAAAAAAAAUAGAAGAAAAUCAACAAAUCGUAAAGUUUUGGGGCCUUUCCUGUCUUGGGAGAACAUAUGUUUUAAUAGUCCUGGAAAUACCGUAGCUGUUUGGUGUUCCGGUAUUUAACACAACCACAGUGCUAUUGUGGCUUUUAGAAAAACCAAAGGCUCGGUUUUGUAUACCACUCUGGUGAAAGAAAACAGCCUUCUGUGUUAGCCACCUGGAUGAGCAGCCCUCUUGGUUGCUCCCAUGACCAUGCACACCUCUGUGCACAGGCUCCAGACCACAGUGAAGUAGAUCGCUUUAGUUCUGGGACCUCAAGGUUUUUUGGAAGGCAAAUAUCAUGGCUUACAGUACAGUGAUGUUGCGGGCUUUGCUGUACAACAGAAGUCAGACACCACAGAAGGAUUCAUUGGACUUUAGCACCGCGCUAAAUGUAGCAAAGGUUUAAUUCACCCACUACCCUUUUAAAGGCUUCAUGAAGUUCCACCUGCUGUCUCUCCUCAGGUUCCUCAGAUACUGUAGAUCACUGUGUUAGAGUUACAGUCUUACAGACUGUCAUGGUGGACACUGAGGAAGAGGUUUGCAGACAAAGAUGAGAGAAGUUCAUAGGUAAAGCUUUGAGCGAGCGAAGGGUAAUCCCUCAUGAUUUGAACCCCACAUGAGAGCAAGUACUGUCACUCUAGUGACUUCAACAGUUCUAUUUUAGUGUAAUUAAAUAGAUGGUUUCUUUUUUAUUGUUGAUCUGUUGAAGUGGUGAAAGUUGUAUGAGUUUGUGUGUUUGUACUCUGCAGCAAUCAAACAAUGGUUAGUGCUGGCAGAGUGGAUCUCCCAGGGUUUCCCUUAUGUUCCGUAACAGCAUCUGUGACGAGCGUCAUCCUACCGGAAAAAGAGGAGUUUUAAAGCGCCAAGGAAGGUGCACAUUCAGUGUUGUCUUUUCUUUGUUUUUCAGUCUGCUGUGAAGAUGAAAAAAACAGUGAAAAAUAUGUUGAAAUGCAAACACCUGUGAUGUGUGACAAGAUGAUGAGAUGUAGCUCAGUCUUUGUGAGUGUUUUUAACUGGGCGAAGGUUUUUGUUUCCUCAGAAAUCUGAUACUUUUGUGAAAUGCAUUGUCUCCCUUUAACAUGUUACACCGAUUCCCUUUCGGUCAUGUACAAAAACAAGAAGCUUCAUUCCUUUCCCUUGUCCUCUGAGAUUAGAGAUACAGUAUCGCUGGCUAGAAGAAAGACACAGAUACAUUUUUGAGAAACUUCUGAAAUAUUUAGGUCAGUUCUCCAGUGAGAGCCGUGUGGAUCACACAGACUACAGAUGUGAUAUGUAACCUUCCAUCCCAUCCAUCUAUCCGAGAUCAGGAUUCAACAAAUGUGGUGGGAUUUAAUGAAAAUGAAAAGUCUCUCCUAAAUGUAUUUACUUAAAAUGUUUUGUUUAAUGUGAUAUUCAAAUUCCUCCUAAUCAGUUGGGAGUAGGACUUCAUAACACAUCCUUUAUUUUAUUAGACAUUUACAUUUUCUGAAAAUAUAUGGAUAUUUAGUAUUCAUGUUUCACCUCAGUGUCCUGCAAGGCUGUUACUCUCAUCUUCCUCCUCUCUUGGUCAUCCUCCAAUAAGGACAACCUCUCCUUUCCAGCUCAGGCCAGCUCAGGCCUGUCCUAGUGUUGGCAACUCAAUGAAGUUCAAUACCGCACCCUACAACCAAUCCCUCCCUCCCCACCCGACCAAACACAUAGGGCUGGAAUCGCUGUAUGUACUGUGCUUGAUAUCGGAGAGCAGGGCAUACAGACUAGUUUAUGAAAUUCUUAACUUAAACAGAGUUAUAUGCUGAUUACUGGCUUUUUCCAAACCAGAGAAGGUAGUGGAGGAUCGGCAUUGACUUGACCACUUUUCUGUUCAUUCACCCUAUUUGGGAUGGUUUGAGAUAUUUUUAAACUGCUACUAUGUUCUUCUGUUAAGCAUCUUUUAUUCCCUGAUUGAGCACAUUUGUUUAGUGGAUGGAAAAUGUUGCUGUGUGCUGCCUCCCUCCCGCCACACACACUAGGCUUUGAUGACUGUGAUUGUAAAACAGCUGGUUGCAUUUUAAAGUCUCAGGAUGGUUCUCCUGCUUUGAUGUCGUUUGGCUCUUCUGUUAUUUAAGUGAGAGGUUUCUGAUGAUGAUGAUGAUUAGGAUCUUGGGGGGAGAUUAUGGAUACGUGUAUAUAAAACGUUAUAUUGUAUGUACUGGGGCAGUUGGUCUCAUGUUUUAUUUUUAUGUUAUUUUAUUUUACUAUGCUACUUGUUGUGUGAAGAUGACAAGAAAGAGGCUUCGCUACAGAACUCCUUUGAAGAAAACGGUACUUGUUUUGUCUCGUCUCCCUGCCGUAGUGAGUUGGGUGGAAGAUGGAGAGGAAAGCCAGAGGGAGAGAUCCAGAUGCUGUUUGAUGAACACAGAGCUUUCACUUUGCACAUAGUGCCUUGUCAGCUCCCCCUCCCCUUCCCACAACCCUCUACGACCCCUCCAUUACCCACAAUCCACCACCUUACCAUGCCCACUCAAAACACUGUCACAGGUUCCCCACUCUGCCGCCACACCAGUGAACAACUUCUAUCCUUGUCCUCCUGAUUCCCUCUUUUGGUUUGUUUUAAUUAUGGCAUAUUGGAAAGCAGUUCCUUUUUUCAAAGUACAUUUCAAAAGGCUUAGGAGCAUACAUUAAAAUACGUAGACACAAAUUUAAGAAAAAAAAAUAGAAACUAAAGAGUUUUAAUACUUUAUGAAUUCUGAUACCUUUUUAAGAGUUUGAGACUUGAAGCAACUGUGACAGGUUGGCUGUUUCACGCUUGUGUAAAUAUUCUGCUAUUUCCUAUUUUGCAGAUUUAUUACUUGUAAAUAAACACGCAUCAAGGAGAGAUUAAACAUUUUUUGCUAAAUCUG